CACCAACGUACACCUGCUGUUUUGACAGCAGCUUUACAAUUUAUUGUAGAAAAACCAAUGUAACAAUUAUGAGCCAUGUGCACACAAACACCCCAGAGGAGUUCAUUUUGCCCAAGUCCAAAUUUUUAUCUUAAAUCCUUAUUGACAGAUUAAUAUGACCACCCUUUGCUACAGACUGAAGUAAUGCAGAGGAAGGAAUUAAGUAAAAGUUGUACAAAUCUGCAUUGACUCAUUAUUAACUUAAUUGAAAUGGCUAGCGAGAACAACGGUACAAUCUUGCUAUCUCCAAUUGUCAAGUUUCCAUACUUUUAUAGGCUGAGUUUAGUUGCUAGCAAUACACAUGAAAAAAAUUAAACCUACUCAUACCUUGAAGGUGAGUUAACCACCAAAUUACAGUACAAACGUUCUAACUAAAAACGCGCCACCCUCUUUCUCGUUCUUAAAUAAAGUAUCUAGUUGGUAGGGUUUUUUUUCCAUGUUUUGAAGAGUCCAAAAGAAGCACACCGGCUUUAUAAUCGAACAACUCUACUCGGAGGUGCCAUGUGAUUUCGUAUUAUCGUGUUUUUUUUCCUUUAUCCGGUAAAGCGUCUACUGGAAAUGUAAAACGUAUAGGCGGUGGAUUGACCGGGACCAAAACACACGACCGUGGGAUGUAUUCCAUUGUGGAAUAUAAAGGUUUAAAAUCCAAUUAUCGUUGUGGAUAUUGUGACUCGGAGAAUGGGAAAGUAUCCACGGGUAAGUCCGAGAAGCUUAGCAGCAGGAUCGAAUUUUUAACGUGAAGCAUUUUCAACAGCGACAGCAACUUUGGGACCAAGGCUUCGGCAGUGAGUACAGGCCUGUGUCGCUCUCCACUUUUCACAAGACCGCUCCGAUCCAGCACCUCAUAACAACCUGGCGUACCAGCGAGAUCGUAUUUUCAUUCUGUAAUCAGCCCUCCACGAAUCGAGGGUUCUGAUUGUUAACCUUUUUGAAAAAAAAACUCAAAACAUCUUCAAUUUUAUUAAAGACACCUAUAAGAUUUCAAACCCAGCACGCAAUGUGUGCGCCUGAUGGGGCUGUUGUUUCCUGCACCUGUUGUUAGGUGCUCCAUUUAAAUAAAUAAAUAAAGACAGACAGACACGUUGAUGUUAUGGAAAAAUAACGCUGCCCACAGCUGGCAGCCUUUUCUGCAAGGGACCCCCACGCUUUGAACGCCUUUUCCCGAUGGAGGCGCGAGCACGGACCGCGGAUGCAGGAACAGAACGUGCGCGUACCCUCCCUUCUUCGCCCCGCCGCGGUCACUGAUUGGCCGUGCCAGCCUGGGUGCGCGCCUUGGCCUUAGCGACAGCUGGUUGACAAUCAUGGCCGGUGGCGGCGUACGCAGUAUCCUCGAGUAUUUCACCGCGGACGACGGUUAUAAAUGUGGCUACUGCAAGGGGCCCUCCAGCAGUUAUUCCAAUGGCAUGUGGGCUCAUACCAUGUCAGUCCAGGACUAUCAAGAUCUAAUUGACCGAGGGUGGAGGAGGAGUGGUAUGUAUGUUUAUAAACCCACAAUGAAUCGAACAUGUUGUCCUCAGUAUACAAUAAGGUGUCAUGCUUUGGACUUCAAACUUUCCAAAUCCUCAAAGAAGGUAUUGAAGAAAAUGACACGGUUUCUUUCUAAGGGAGAGGUAGCAAAAGGAACUGAUGUUGAACCCAUGGAUUCUCACAAUGAAGAUACUGGAAUUGAUCAUCCAGCUGUACCCCAUAACUCAGAAGUCAAUAUAGAUAUCGAGAAACCUUUGAAGAUUGUGAGCCUCGAAGAAUUACCUGAGUCUGCUGAAAUACAGGAAAAACCUCAACCAGAUGCUGCUAGUGAGGAAGGAGAAGCAGGACAAAAACAUGCAUCUUCAGAGACCAAUGUUUCCACUGAUUCAUUUAAAUGUACUCCUAAGCCAGGUAGAGGAGCAGAUCCAAAUAAACCACCUUGUCGCAAAGCAAAAGAUAUUCGGAGGGAGAUGAAACUGAAAAAACUGCUUCAGAAACAGCGGCAAAAAGAAAUGGUAGAUGUAUCCCAGCACCAAGAACCCUCUUCUUCCAACCCUCGCACUCACCCUCUGGAGCACCAUGCCACCCAAGUAAAUAAACCAAAAUCAUUGGAAGAAUUCAUUUCUGAGUCUUCAACUCCAGAUGCAGCCCAUAAGCUCGAGGUGAGACUAGUGAGGUCAUCUCCACCAAACUCCCAGUUCAAAGCAACUUUUCAGGAGUCUUACCAGAUCUAUAAACGGUACCAGAUGGCCAUUCACAAGGACCCCCCUGAUAAAGCAACUGAAUACCAGUAUACAAGAUUCCUUUGCGACUCGCCACUUCAGGCAGAGAAUCCAGUCGAUGGACCUGCUUCAGGUUACGGUUCAUUUCACCAGCAGUACUGGUUAGAUGGAAAGAUUAUUGCAGUCGGAGUAAUAGACAUUCUUCCUCACUGCACUUCCUCAGUGUACCUUUAUUAUGAUCCUGAUUAUGCAUUCUUGUCGUUGGGAGUUUAUUCUGCACUCAGGGAAAUUGCUUUUACAACCCAGCUACAGAUGACAGUUCCUAGUAUCCGUUAUUACUACAUGGGCUUCUACAUCCAUUCGUGUCCUAAGAUGAAGUAUAAGGGUCGGUAUCAUCCAUCUGAUUUGCUGUGUCCAGAAACAUAUGUCUGGAUACCUAUUGAAAAGUGUUGGACAAAGCUGGACCAGUCUAAGUAUAGUCGUCUCAAUGAGGACAUAAAUGCAGAAGAUGAAAAUAGCUUCCGAGACCUUCGUAAAGUUCUUGUACUGUACAAAAAUGCAGUGAUGCCUUAUAGCAUCUAUCAGAGACGAAAGAAGGGCAGAGCCGAUGAUGAAUCAGCAGUACGGCAAUAUGCAAGUUUGGUUGGACAGACCUGUGCGGAACGAAUGCUGCUUUAUCGAAGCUAAAAGCAUGACCCCAAGAAGAAAUUGAAUAACUUUGGAUAGCUAUGAAGAAAACGUGUCAACUUGUAUUGUUAUAAAACUGAUUACUGGUACAUCUUUCAAGACACCUCAAACUGGAAGUACUUUAUCUGCCCAGUGAUUGUUAAUCGGCCAGUGUGAUAGCUGUUUUGAUCACAGAACAGGCCACAAAUGAGAUACCAUUAUUUUAUAUAGUGUUGGUUUUGAAUAUAGAUUGAAUAUAUAUUUUGAAAUAUAUAUACAUACCUGGGAAAGUUAUAUAGGUCCAUGAUCCUUACAAUCUAUCUAACUGCCAGUUCCAGCGAUGUAGCUUUUCCUUCUGCUGUGUGCUAGCUUAAAUUAAAUGCUCCAGACCUAGAGAGUGGCUUAAUUUCACAUAUUUUGACCUUAUAAGUCAUACGACUUCAGAAACGAAAUCAUUAUUUUUGGACUAAUAGAGAAAAUUUGGUGAUGAAAGAGCAGAGACAGCCUUGCAAAAUAAAUAACUAGUAAUAGUACAUUAGGAAGGGGAAAGUUUUAUCAGAAUUGUCACUCCCGAUCAAUUUCAAUGAACCAUUCAGAAAAUUGCAAAUUUCUGGACAUUGUGUGAGGUGUUGAUCAAUUUUCAGGCCUUCCAUAGCAGAAUAGACAGCUACAAUGUGUCCUGUGGACCUCAAAACCUGAGGAAUUGCCACUUGGAUAGGUAUCAGAGGGUGGAUGUACUCAAGAUUGUACACCCAAGAGUUAGCACCUAUUUAUUUUGAAGAACGCUGAAGAAAAAAAGUUGCAAUCAUAAUAUAUUAUUUGCAUAUGUUGUAUAUGUUCCAUAUUUUGGUCAUAAUGAAAUCUUGAUCACUUUAGACUAUCUCAAAGAACUUAACAGUUAAAGAAGUAUCUUAAAUGCACACACUGCUACAGUGUCGUGAAAUCCAGGAGAGUGUGGCAUUUUACUUAAGAGCAAGAAUGUUACCUCUGAGCCAAAGCUGAAAACUGAUUAUAUAUUACAAUAGCCAUUUUUUGUUUUAAAGAGCUAAUGGGGCUUCAAAUGCUGUGUAAAGGUGUGUGCAAGCUGACUAAACCUACAUUAAGUAUUCUUGUAUAUUGUCCAGUGAGAGUUAUAUUAAAUCUGUUACUUAAUAAUCUGUUUUAAUGUACCAUUUAAUAAGCACAACACAGAUUUAAUUUAGCUUUUAAGUGAUUAUCAGUUGAUUCUUGCAAUUUUUGACUGCAUGGAUCAAACUAAAUUUCUCAAAACGGUUACAUGCAUUCAUGAUGUACAUAAUUCAUGAUACUCCAAAGUACCCAAAUUCAUUGACGGGAAAAAUAGGUACACAUGUCCAUCUAAAUUGCAUUUUGGCAAUCUGGAUGGAAGAAAAUAGAAAUGCAGGAAUAGUUUUCAAACUUAAUUUUCCCUGGUAUUGUGCCAAAUAAAAUGACUGAAUUUGCAUAAGUACUAAUAAUUUGAAGUGAAUAUAUAUUUAUAAUCCAUUUAAGGGAAUGUGUGAUGUGGUGUAUUAGAACAUUGAAAACCACUCAAACAGAAGUAAAAUGCAAUCUGGUCCAAUCUGGUGGGCAAAGGUCUAGAAUCAUAGAAUCCCUACAGUGUGGAAACAGGCCCUUCGGCCCAACCAGUCCACACCGACCCUCGGAGCAUCCCAACCAGACCCAUCCCCAUAACCCACCUAAGCUACACAUCCCUGAACACUACGGGCAAUUUCACAUGGCCAAUCCACCUAGCCUGCACAUCUUUGGACUGUGGGAGGAAACCGGAGCACCCAGAGGAAACCCACGCAGACACGGGGAGAAUGUGCAAACUCCACACAGACAGUCGCCCAAGGGUGGAAUCAAACCCGGGUCCCUGGCGCUGUGAGGCAGCAGUGUUAACCACUGAGCCACCGUGCCGCCCUAAAAGUCUUAGGUCAUGCGAAGCUCUGAACAUAGAUCUUGCAUUGCCACACUCAUUCAGACCACAGGGUUAGCUUCCGUGGGAUAUGAGGUUGUGGCUGAGAGAAUCUUUAACCUGGAUUUUAAAUAAAUUGGUAUCACCAAAAAUGAUACAAGUCCUCCAUGCUAAUGUGCUGUGCUUUUUUUCUUUAUUCAUUCAUGGGAUGAGGGUGUCGCUGGCUAGGCAGCAUUUAUUGUCCAUCACUAAUUGCCCAGAGGGCAGUUAAGAGUCAACCACAUUGCUGUUCGUCUGGAGUUACAUGUAGGCCAGACCAGGUAAGGAUGGCAGUUUCCUCCCCCAAAAGGAUAUUAGUGAACCAGAUGGGUUUUUCUGACAAUUGACAAUGGAUUCACGGUCAUCAUUAGAUUGUCAAUUCCAGAUAUUUAUUGAAUUCAAAUUCCACCAUCUGCCAUGGCGGGAUUCAAACCCGUGUCCCCAGAACAUUAUCUGGGUCUCUGGAUUAACAGUCCAGCAAUAAUACCACUAGGCCAUCACCUCCCCGGGAGGUAGGCACUACAUCACUGGAAUAGCAUUGCCGGUAAAGAACAAAAAAUUAAUUUGUUUUGAUUAGAAAUAUGAGAAGAGUAGAAUCCUGUAAGGCUUUGUAAAUACUGCAGCCAACGUCAAACUAAUACUGUGUUUCCUACACAGCAGGGUAAGCGUUGGUUCUCUCAGUGAUAAAGAUGAUGGAUGUACAUGCCUGGCAAUCUAAGAUUCAUAGUCAUGGUGACAGGAAUAUGAAGAAGGAGACUCUGUAAUAUUAUAAAACUAAGAUGGGAAGAGAUUUCAUGCAACUUUUUUUAAGUACUGUUCUGAGAUUUGCUUCCUGUAUAGGUUUGAAACUUAAAAAAAAACGCUCCAUGCAUUAACUUAUUGCUACAUGGUCAUGAAAGUGCUACAGCAAACCAAAUAUGGAAAUUUAACAUGGUGUGUAAUAAAUGGAUGAUGAGCAUCUGUCCAAAUAUUAUGAUGUGCCAAUACUUUUAAAUUGUUGCAUUAUCUUAAAAUGGUGUUUAAAGCUACCACUUUAAUCUGUGGUUCUCUCAGCCAUUCAAACAUUCUACUUGUUCUGUCCCUAAUUCAGGUGAAUAAAAAAGUCAGUCCAGAACAAUCUGAUUCCUUAUUUAACUGAAGUUAUCAUUCUGUCCCUCUUGGAAUGAAAAAUAAGAAGUUGCGGUUUCUUCCAGUGACGGACUAGUAGUUGCCAGUCUCUCUGGUGGUCAGUUUGGAGGUGGUUUUCCAUUAAUAACCAGCUGGUCAGAUGAGAGCACUUUUGUAAGAUUCUUCAUACAAUCAGGGUUUUUAAAAUUGACAUUGUGCAUAAAAAUUAGCAAUUCAUAAUCCUCCAUCUCAGCUUGCCCUUUCUAGAUCAUUAUGCUACAUUUUCGGGUGUUGGAAUUAUGAUUGAACACAUGAUCAAGGGAUAGAUUGUAUAUCACACAAAGUGUCUUCUAUUCCCUUGUGUUUGUUGUACAAGUGCCUUCUACAAAUGGUUACUUUUAAAUUAUUUAUUUCAUGAAAUAGGAAAUAUGUGGUGGGUUUAUACCUAAAGUUGAUAUGUAGCACAUUGCUUCAAGUAAAAUAUCUUCCUGUUAAGACCUUAAAUCCAGGUGAUUCACUUAUGCACUGCAAUUUUGACAUCACAUGUCUUUAUUGUGAAUAAUAAUUCUAAACCAGGUACUGUUAUAGGUCCAUAUAAUUAUUCGUGUUAAAUAUUCAUUAACUGCUAUGUUUCAGUUUCUUGAUAUGAAUUGAAUAUUUUCUUAUGUUAAAUUAAAACAUUUAACAUAAGUCAUUUUCAUUAAUCAUUUGGCAUUGUUCAGCAAGUGUGUUACUGGAUGAGAUUGUCAUUAUUUUAAAAGUAUUGUUGAGUUCAAUUAUUUGUUAAAUCUAACAUGUAGCAAUUGAUUAAUAAAAACUUACACUCUCUGACAACAG